UUGUAUCAUUCAAGAUCAAUGGAAAUCAUUUUCUACAGGUAAUAUGGAUGAACAGACACGCCAUAAAUGAACCUUAGUCAGGGAUUUUAGCAAACCAAAUUCGCUUCUAGGUAAAAGUAGUUAAAGGAGGGCCAGAGCCAUAAACCACAUCAUGAAGCAACUGUCUAGCUAACUGAUAAGCAGAUUUGGUAGAGAACAUACCUUUACUAUCGUAGUGCCAAACCAACUUAUCCGGCACACUACCAGAACUCAACUGUAAAGAAAGCACAACCUCCAAAUCUAGAUAAUCAAAUACCUCAUCCAGUUUAGUUUUAUUCCAACUCCGAUCAGGAAUAAUAAAAUCAUUGACCUUAGUAUCCAAAGUUGACGAGAGCACCCGAACAAGAUGAAAGUCCCGAGGCCGGGGCAACCACAGAUCAACAAAAGCUCGAAUACAUUAAGAUGAAACUAGUUUAUUUGAUGUUUUGAUACAUUAAUACUAGCAAGCGCCCACACACAACGUGUGUAAGAAUUGUUUUUUUUUUCCUUUUUUUUUUGUAGUUGGUUAGAAGUUAUCAGAAAUAGUGGAAUAUGAUUGUUUGUGGGAAUGUGGGAUAAAAAAGCUAUGAGAAGUCAUUUGUGCUUUUCUCUUAAUUUUUAUUUCAAUUUAAUAUUUAAUUAUGUGCCAUUAUAUCCUUCAAAUGUUAAAAUCAAUUUUAAAUUAACCUAUAAUCCAAAAAAUUACUAGCGUUUUCACAAUUCUUUUGGUUGAGAAACUCAAUUUUCCUAAAUUUACUUAAUAUAGAUAGAUAGAUAGAUAAAUAAAUAGCGCGUGUCCAAUUAUCACAAACAAAUUAUCGGUCUCCGAAAACGGGAAAAAUGAAAACACAAAGGACCUUGAGGGUAAAUAAUCUCAGGAAUCACGCCUAGCUCGGACUGUUAAUCGGAGGGUAAAAGUAAAACCUCCCUAAACCCGAGCUUCGCUCAUUCCUUUUUACCCCCUAAGCGUGACAUCAUAAACUCCUAUUUAAAGCCCGAGGAGCUCGGUUAAAAAUUCUUUUCGCCUCUCCCUUCAAAACCCCAUAGGCUCUCGUAUCCCAAACCCUAUCAAGAUCUGAAGAACUUCAAGAUCCAAAUCCUAUCAAUAUCUGAAGAACUUGAAGUCCACCAUAUCUCAAUGGUGGGUCCAGACAGAGGAGCGGGGAGAAGGAGGCAGAGGACACUCGGUAAUGGCUCCUCCGUCGGCGCAUACCUCCGUUAUUUCGGAGGACGCGUGCGACGGAGCCCUCUACAGCUUCAUAAACCGAGGCCGAGUUGCUCGGUAUAUCCCUGAGGAUGUGUUUCAGUAUCAUACCCGGUAAUAUGGAUGAACAGACACGCCAUAAAUGAACCUUAGUCAGGGAUUUUAGCAAACCAAAUUCGCUUCUAGGUAAAAGUAGUUAAAGGAGGGCCAGAGCCAUAAACCACAUCAUGAAGCAACUGUCUAGCUAACUGAUAAGCAGAUUUGGUAGAGAACAUACCUUUACUAUCGUAGUGCCAAACCAACUUAUCCGGCACACUACCAGAACUCAACUGUAAAGAAAGCACAACCUCCAAAUCUAGAUAAUCAAAUACCUCAUCCAGUUUAGUUUUAUUCCAACUCCGAUCAGGAAUAAUAAAAUCAUUGACCUUAGUAUCCAAAGUUGACGAGAGCACCCGAACAAGAUGAAAGUCCCGAGGCCGGGGCAACCACAGAUCAACAAAAGCUCGAAUACAUUAAGAUGAAACUAGUUUAUUUGAUGUUUUGAUACAUUAAUACUAGCAAGCGCCCACACACAACGUGUGUAAGAAUUGUUUUUUUUUUCCUUUUUUUUUUGUAGUUGGUUAGAAGUUAUCAGAAAUAGUGGAAUAUGAUUGUUUGUGGGAAUGUGGGAUAAAAAAGCUAUGAGAAGUCAUUUGUGCUUUUCUCUUAAUUUUUAUUUCAAUUUAAUAUUUAAUUAUGUGCCAUUAUAUCCUUCAAAUGUUAAAAUCAAUUUUAAAUUAACCUAUAAUCCAAAAAAUUACUAGCGUUUUCACAAUUCUUUUGGUUGAGAAACUCAAUUUUCCUAAAUUUACUUAAUAUAGAUAGAUAGAUAGAUAAAUAAAUAGCGCGUGUCCAAUUAUCACAAACAAAUUAUCGGUCUCCGAAAACGGGAAAAAUGAAAACACAAAGGACCUUGAGGGUAAAUAAUCUCAGGAAUCACGCCUAGCUCGGACUGUUAAUCGGAGGGUAAAAGUAAAACCUCCCUAAACCCGAGCUUCGCUCAUUCCUUUUUACCCCCUAAGCGUGACAUCAUAAACUCCUAUUUAAAGCCCGAGGAGCUCGGUUAAAAAUUCUUUUCGCCUCUCCCUUCAAAACCCCAUAGGCUCUCGUAUCCCAAACCCUAUCAAGAUCUGAAGAACUUCAAGAUCCAAAUCCUAUCAAUAUCUGAAGAACUUGAAGUCCACCAUAUCUCAAUGGUGGGUCCAGACAGAGGAGCGGGGAGAAGGAGGCAGAGGACACUCGGUAAUGGCUCCUCCGUCGGCGCAUACCUCCGUUAUUUCGGAGGACGCGUGCGACGGAGCCCUCUACAGCUUCAUAAACCGAGGCCGAGUUGCUCGGUAUAUCCCUGAGGAUGUGUUUCAGUAUCAUACCCGUGAUUUACUCAACAGGGUCCUUGACCGAUGGGAGAAUGAUCUCCCAUGCGGAUCAUUGGACCUUGAAUAUGUGCUGCUUGAGGAUAACUCGCUAGUUAUCCCCAAGCUUGGCACCGGGGUGGAGGAGGAUCAGGACUAUGUGGAGAAAUUUAGACGUUUUGCUGUCGCACUUUUUGGAGGUGAGGGGCGUUGGCCGGAACGGGACGACUUCAUUGCCAAACUCGGCAUUUCUCAACUCAAAAUAACACAGUUUUGUGCUCUGUAUUUCCACCCUCUUCUACAAAACCGUGUUCAGCAGGUAUUGUUCCUGGCAGAUUUUGUUGAGAGGUAUAAAUGGCAGAAUGUGGUUUACAAUGGGAGAAGGAUGCCGUGGGAGUGCGCAUUCAACCACUUUGAUACACAAGAAUAUGCCAAAGAAAAUGGUGGGGCGAAGGAGUGCAUUGACCUCGAGUUAAUAUGCAAAAGAAAUGAAUUUGUCUUCAAGGUCUACAAGUACAAAGUCUACAACAACCGCUGUCCUGCAACAAAACUGAAGCUUAUACGCAAUAUAAUAAGGCACAUUAACGAUUAUCGGCAGGUUAAGUGCGUUAAGCAAGGAGUGGAGCGGCGGGUGAGGUUACCUAAGUACACACAUUAUGAAAUAGGAGCUUUAAUUGAAGACUUAUUUCCUGGAACAUUGCUGCGGCUUUUCAAUUUUCUGUGGAAGUUGGAAGCCGAUUUGGAUUUCAGGCAUGAGAGACUUCACUUUAAAGAAGUUCUUAAAGGUUCAACCUGAUAUAGCUAUGUGAAAUCCUUUACUCUGAGACCAAAUGUACAGAAAUUGAUCGAGCAAGGAGCCCAACCACAAUUGAGUGUUGACAGCAAUUUUUAUCGAAGUAUAGUUCAGAAUCCCGGAAUGCUGAAAAUCCCUGGAUAUGUUCAACUUUUUAGUAGGAAAAAUACUGUAGUAGGGCUGUAGGGUUAACCUUUUGUUUAGAUGUUUCGGAGAUUCAACUUUGCGAUUAUGUUUAAAGUCCCUAGUUAAUGCACAUUCAAUUUUUUACAGUAAAUGGGUUUUACCCUUUUG